AUUCACUAUGCUUUCCUUUCACGAUUUCGGACUUCUUUUAAUUAUUUUUUUUACUUUUUAGAUUUUAUUUUGCUACCUCGAAGUUCUCACUCCCUCUCUCUCUAGCGGACUUUCCAUUGCUCGGUGUUUGAGAUCCAUUUUUCAGUUGCAGUGUUCAAUCGGGUGGUGUAAAUGGAUAACAGAGGAGGUGGUGCUAGUGAUAACCCUCUAAGAAAUUACAGGAUUGGAAAAACUCUUGGCCAUGGUUCAUUUGGUAAGGUGAAAAUUGCUGAACAUUUGCUGACUGGACACAAAGUGGCUAUCAAGAUACUUAACCGCAGGAAAAUGAGGAGCCCUGACAUGGAGGAAAAAUUAAGAAGGGAAACAAAGAUAUGUAGAUUAUUUGUGCACCCACAUGUUAUACGGCUCUAUGAGGUCAUAGAGACACCAACUGACAUAUUUGUUGUCAUGGAGUAUGUGAAGUCUGGAGAGCUAUUUGAUUAUAUUGUAGAAAAAGGCAGAUUACAAGAGGAUGAAUCUCGUAGUUUCUUCCAGCAGAUAAUUGCUGGGGUAGAAUACUGUCAUAGGAACAGGGUGGUUCACCGGGACCUCAAGCCUGAAAACCUGCUAUUGGAUUCCAGACACAAUGUGAAGAUAGCUGAUUUUGGUUUGAGUAAUAUUAUGCGAGAUGGCCAUUUUCUUAAGACGAGUUGUGGGAGCCCAAAUUACGCAGCACCAGAGGUUGUGUCUGGUAAACUUUAUGCUGGUCCUGAGGUAGAUGUUUGGAGUUGUGGUGUAAUAUUAUAUGCUCUUCUUUGUGGCACUCUUCCUUUUGAUGAUGAGAACAUUCCUAACCUUUUCAAAAAAAUAAAGGGUGGUUUGUACACUCUUCCAAGUCAUUUGUCAGCUGGAGCUAGAGAUUUGAUUCCACGGAUGCUGAUUGUUGAUCCUUUGAAGAGAAUAACUAUACCUCAAAUUCGUCAGCAUCAUUGGUUCAAGGCUCAUCUUCCUCGCUAUUUGGCAGUUCCUCCACCUGAUGCAAUGCAGCACUUAAAGAAGAUUGAUGAGGAGAUACUGCAAGAAGUAAUUAGAAAGGGAUUUGACAGAGGCCAGCUACUAGCAUCUCUGCAAAAUAGAGAACAAAAUGAUGCUACUGUUGCAUACUACUUGCUGUAUGAUAGCCGAUCCCUUGUUUCUGGUGGCUAUUUGGGAGCUGAGUUUGAGGAUUCAAUGGAGCCUUUUUCCCCAGGAUUGUUUUCAAAUAUUGACUCUCAGAUGUCUGUUGGCCAUGGAUUUUCUUAUGACAUAAGUUCAAGACCAUUGUCGUCAAGAGAGAAAAAGUGGCUUGUUGGACUUCAGUCCCCGGCAACUCCACAAGAGAUAAUGACUCAAGUUCUGGGAGCCAUGCAAGAAUUGAAUGUUCGGUGGAAAAAAAUCGGACACUAUAAUAUGAAGUGCAUGUGGUGCUAUUCGCAUAAUCCAAUUCGUACUACAACCAACAAUUGUAUGAGUGAUGACUGUAUUACUGUUAGUCAAACUGCUGCAAAUGCAAAUGGUCUACUGUCUCAAGUUGUGGUGAAGUUUGAAAUGCAGCUUUACAAAACUCCGGAAGACAAAUAUCUGCUGGAUCUACAGAGAAUAAGCGGCCCGCAGUUUCUGUUUCUGGAUUUCUGUGCUAUUUUUAUUGUCCAUCUCAAAGUCACCUAGUCCCAAGAGAAGAAGAAUUUCUAGAGCUGAAGCAAUGGCAUUCUUGAGAAUGACAAACUGAUGUAUAUAACUUGUGUUUACACAUAGUUUGUUGUUUAAAAUUUGUAGACCUGAAGCAUUGGCACACCACUAGAAUGAGAAACUGAUGUAUAUACACUUGUAGUGUUGACAUAUAGUUUGUUGUUUACACUAAAAAGCUUUGCUACAUUGCCUUGAAUA